AUGGAGACAUCGAAUACUACCGGCAAAGGAGAUCUUGAACUCCAGGCCAAGGUCUCUGGCACUGAGUUCAUUGAUGCUAAGAGCCAUGCCGUUGAGGCAGAUCGUCAGGCGGAGCAUGAGUUGACACUCAAGCAAUGCUUUCAAAAGCAUCCCGCUAUUGUCUGGUGGUGCUUUUACUGGGGCUUCGAUGCUCAGAUCAACGGCGCCAUGAUCUCCGUCGCCGCUUUCCGACGCGACUUUGGAUACGUCGAAAACGGCGAAGCGAUCCUCCCUGCCGACUGGCAGACCGCUUUCAACUGCAUCAGCUCCGUCGGCGGCUUCUUCGGCGGUUUCAUGUGUUCCUGGAUCUGCGACUACGUCGGUCGAAAGAACUCUCUCGUCAUGGCACUCCUCCUCGCAACGGGUGGUACGAUCGGAGAGUGCAUGUCUAAUACCAACGUCGCUUUCCUCAUGUCCAAGCUCAUCAUCGGUCUUGGACUUGGCUUCUUCCUGACACUUGCGCCGUUGGCGACAUCGGAGAUCUCACCAGUGGUGUUUCGUGGUAUUGCUACUGCAGGCGUUAACCUUGGAAUUGCUAUCGGUCAGUUGGUGUCAAAUGGUGUCAUAAAGGCCUUUGGCGAGAGGACGGACCAUUGGGCUUGGAGGGGAGCACUGGCUACUCAGGGUAUCUUUAUUGUUAUCCUUGCUGCUGGUUUGCCUUUCGCUCCCGAGACACCAUGGUAUCUUGUUCGCAAGGGAAAGAUUGAGGAGGCGAAGAAAUCACUCAUCCAACUCUACGGAACUGGUGUGGAUAUCGAUGCGAAGCUCGCCACUAUCAAGGAGACUAUCGCCGAAGAACAAGCUGCUUCAGCUGAGGAAGCUUCUUGGAUCCAGUGCUUCAAGGGAACCGACCUCAUCCGAACCAUGAUCAGUAUGGGAGUCUUUGUCUGCCAACACUUUGUCGGCAUCAUUUUCGUUCUCGGAUACUCAACCUACUUCUUCCAACUCGCUGGUCUUGAGACCUCUCGCAGCUUUGAUCUCGGUGUCGGCGUCACAGCAUGCGGCGUUCUUGGCAACAUCUGCAGUUGGUUCGUCGUCAACUCCUUCGGACGUCGCAAGAUCUUUCUCUCCGGUAUGGGAGCCCUGACAGUCCUUCUAUUCCUCAUCGGUAUCAUGGAUGUCGUUCCUACAUCAGCUGCCAAGUGGGUUCAAGCUGCAUGCACCGUCAUCUACGCCUAUGUCUACUUCGCCACCGUCGGAGCCAUGGCUUUCGCUGUUCUUGGUGAGACAGCCUCGCUGAACCUCAAAGCUAAGACAAUGGCGCUUGCUACUGCCACCCAGUCUGUUAUGGGUAUCGCCAUGAACUUUGCUAUUCCAUAUAUGGUCAACCCCGAUGAGGGUAAUCUCAAAGGCAAGGUUGGUUUCAUCUUUGGUGGUCUGGGCUUGAUCGGCUUUAUCUGGAGUUGGGUUUACGUUCCAGAGCUCAAGGGGCGACGAUAUGACGAGAUUGACCACAUGUUCCACAACAAGGUCAGCCCUCGACAGAUGGGAACCUAUAAGCUGUAA